AUGGAGCUGAAGGACUUCUGUCUAAAAGACGACUAUCACUUCCUAAAUCCACAGUGGUGAGGAACUGCUGACAACACACCCUUAUAACAAUAAUAACAGUAUUAUUAUUAUUAUUAUUAUUAUUAUUAUUAUUAUUGUUGUUGUUGUUGUUGUUGUUCAAAGUCAAAAAUAUCUUUGCACUCACAAUAAAUAAAUUAAAUUGUAUUUUAUCCCUAUUUUUUGUCUUUAACUUAAUUUUCAUUUUGUUGGUAUUUAAUCUUAUCUAAUUCUAUUUAACAUACUUUAUUUUAUGUAAUUUUUUAUGCCUUAUAUAUAUAUAUUUUUUUUUUUUACCACAUUAAUCAAUCAAAUUUUUGUUUUUAAAUUUAAUGUUAUAAUAAAAUGAAAAGGAACUUGUUUUUAACUGAAUGUAUGUUGAAUUUCUUAAUAUUAUAAAUGAGAUCAUUUAAAAUUAAAUUAAAUUAAUAACUAUUUUUUUCUAAAUUAAAUUGAUUUGAUUUGAGUUUUUAAUGUAAUCCGAUGUUAUUUUAUAAUUACCUACAUAUCUAAAUAUCUUUCUGUCUAAAUAAAAUUUUGAUACAAUUUUAAUAAAAUUUCAACUGUAUUUAAAUGUGAUUUAAUUAAAGUUUGUCAUUAAUUCCAUUAAUUAGAUUAAAUAAAAAAAUAUUUUGAUUUAUAAUGUUAUUUGAUGUUGCAUUGUUAUUUUUUUUAUUUUAUUUUAUUUCAUGCUACAUUUUGUCAUUAGAGUUAUAGGUUGGACCAAAAAUUUUCACAACAAACUUUAUCAUUGAUAACUAAGGCAUUCAUUUGUUUAUUGUUCAGUUUUAAAUCCUGAGUUUUUUUAUUGGACCUAAAAUAAUAAUUCUUUUAAUAUAAUAAUGUCUUUUGCCGGAAUUCUAGUGAUUUUUUUGUACAGCAUAUGAACAAGAAAAAUCCAGAAUCUCACAUAAUGAGAAUAUUUACUUAAUAUUUAAUUCUAUUCAUUAUUUCCUCACUAACAAAACAGAGUGAGACUAAAACACUGCCACAGUGUCAACAGGCAGAGUUUUUUUUUAAUUAUAAUAUGUAUAUUUUUUUUAAUAAAGUCAGGAUCCAGAUCUUCAUCAGGUUAAAAUUAAUUCUUUUUCUUCUUCCUAUUCAGCCUUUUGGACUCCUCUACCUCUUCUUCGCCCUCCACUGAUGAAGCUCAGUCUCCAGCUUCCUCCCUCCUCUAUUCCUCCCCCCUUAGUCCUUCCUCUAUCCUGGAUCCAAGCCCCCCGCACCAGACCUUCCUCCUGCCAAGCCCAUCUCCCUCCUCCUCCUCCUCCUCCUCCUCCUCCUCCUCCUACAGCCUCUUCUGUGGAAUGCCAGAGCCUGACUCUCCAACAGGGCCUAGUUCCAUUGGUGGAGGAAACAUAAGAGGUGGUGCUAUGGUCUCAGAAGCUUCAGUGGUGUUUUCAUUGUCACAGAUGGACUCAUUUGCAGUACAGGUAAAUUUUCUGCACACCUGGUGGUCUGAAUACUCAGUAGAGCUCCGAAUGUGGAUCCUGUACCUUCUGAAAUAAGUCUGCAGCAAGUGCACCAUGUAGUCCUGACUGCUGUACCAUGCAGAAGUAAUGCUGGGUUUACCCUGCAGGUGGACUCUAUCCUAAGAGGGGACUACCUGGUGCCAGUGGGGUCCACAGGACCAAAGAGACUUUGUUUGGUAUGCGGUGACUAUGCCUCCGGGUAUCACUAUGGCGUUGCAUCCUGUGAGGCCUGUAAAGCUUUUUUCAAGAGAACCAUCCAAGGUGAGAGCAGCCAGUGUGUUUGUGUCAGUCAAUAAGUGAAUUAAUACGAGGAAGUGAUCAAUACAUCAGCGCUCUGUGCAUUGAUUAGUGUGUGAAGCUAAAAGAGAAAAUCAGCUUUAAAACAUGAUGAGACUGGGAGUGUCUGUCUGUAUCUGCUCUCAUCUAUACUGACAGGAAUCAGAAGUGUUAGCUGAAGUAAUGAUAGUUUAGAGAGUGGCUGGGGGUCUAACUGACAAUCAAUAACUCGCUGAAUUAAAAAAUGACAAAGAUAAGAAGUUUCAAGAAGAAACAGGAAAUUUAACAGCUGUUUUGUCACAGGAGUUGCUAGUCUACCCCUGCUGUCUUCUGUCAUUUCCAAAGACUUUGAAUAUUCUGUUUUAUUUGUAUUAUUAUCUUAAAGUUAAAGUGAAGUCAUUGACUGUCACUGUUUGUACUCCCUGUGUUUGGUUACCAAGGCAACAUUGAAUACAGCUGUCCGGUGAUGAAUGAGUGUGAGAUCACAAAGCGAAGGAGGAAAGCCUGUCAGGCCUGCCGCUUCCAGAAGUGUCUCCAGGCCGGGAUGAUGAGAGAGGGUAAAGAACUUUAAAAUGUCCUUUGAUUUGUCAGCGAAACUUCCCAUGAGCCUUUGCAGCAUGGUAAAGUUUCGCCGUUAAGUGGGUUAUGUAGUUAGAAAGCUGAGUUUAAGUUUAAAGAUAUCAAGAAGAAAAAAAACACUGAACCCUUCCUGUGUUUAUGUUUCAGGUGUUCGUAUGGACCGGGUGAGAGGAGGGCGACAGAAGUAUAAAAGGAGGGCAGAGCCUGGACUCAAUUUUUACUCAAAGACCUCAUAUGCCCUGCCUGUCUGCAGCCGUGAGUUCAUACCAAAGGUUUUCAAUAUAAUCAAACUUCAGGUUUAUGUUUUUUCUAAUAACUGUCCUUCUUUAGGAAACAAAGUGAUUUCUCAUUUGCUGCUGACCGAGCCCGCCCCCCUGGAUGCUAUUCUGGAUGAAUCAACCAAUGACAGCAGCAUGAGGACCCUGCUAACCCUGUGUGACCUCCUGAACAGAGAGCUGUUGGUCCUGAUUAGCUGGGCCAAACAGAUCCCAGGUACAAAAAAAAUAAAUAAAUAAAACACACACACACACACACACACACACACACACACACACACACACACACACACACACACACACACAACAUAAAAUUAGACAAAACAAACAAAACAAAACAAAUAAAAAACCCAGAAUAAAAUGUCAAUGUCAGCUUUUUGUACAGUAUAUAGCACGUUUAAAAACAGCCAGUGCCCUACCAAAGUGCUUUACAGUAAAAUAGCCAGAAACUAUAAAAACAAUAAAAGCAUAAAACAUAUAAAACAACAAUAUAGACAAACGUGGCAAAUAAAUAAAAGACCCAAUAAACGUAACUAUACUUCCCCAAAAGCUAAAGUGAACAGGUGAACAGAAGUGUUUUAAAAAUGGAAAGGCUAUUUGCAGUGCGCACUGUCAGAGCUAAAGCAUGUCCACAGAGUGGGAGCCACUACAGAAAAUGCUCGCUCUCCCCUAGAUAUUAAAAAAGGAUCGAGGAACGUCUAAAACCAACUGAUAGCUGACUUUCGGGCUCUGGAGGACUGACACAAUUUAACAAGGUCAGACAGAUAUUCCGGAGCCUGCCCAUUCAGAGACUUAAAGAACAAAUUUAAGAAUCUUAAAAUUGAUCCUGUACCUAACAGGGAGCCAGUGAAGAGAGGAAAGCACUGGAGUUAUGUGCUCCCAAUUCUUAGUCCCAGAAAAACAAAACAGAAAACAUUAAUGUAAUUACAGAUGAUAAAUUAGCAAUUUUUUUCCAAGGCAAAAGUACUUAAUUUUUUUUUGUUUCAUGCUGUUAGAUGUCGGUCUCACUGAAUUACUUUAAAUCAUAUCUUUAUUUUAUUUUGUUAAAUAUAAGUUGCUAUAUUGAUUCACCUCAACCUGGCCAUUUCAUCUUUUACUUUUCAAAGUUGAUUUAAGUUUGUUUUUCAACAGUUUGUUUUGUCCUUUUUAUUUUUUUACAUAUUUAUUUUCUUUCCCCUUAUUUUACCUCUGGUGAACUCCUGCUACGCCCGGCCCCCUCUCAGGCUUCUCCAUGCUCUCAUUGGUUGACCAGAUGUCUCUGCUGCAGAGUGGUUGGAUGGAGGUUCUGCUGGUGGGUGUGGCCUGGAGGUCUAAUGGGGCUGUCGGGGAGGAGCUUGUGUUUUCUGGGAACUUGCAACUAGGUGAGGCUCAGUGUCGAGCCGUGGGAUUGGCUGAGCUGUAUGAGGCGCUACGUCACCUCAUCACAAAAUACCAGGUGAUGCACCUGGACCCGGAGGAGGUGGUGACAUUGAAGGCCAUGGCUCUGGCUAACUCUGGUACUUACACACACACACACACACACACACACACACACACACACACACACACACACACACACACACACACACACACACUCAGAUAUUGAUCCACAGUCAUAAGGGGGUCUAGUUGGGUGCUGAUGGGGUUACUUAUUGAUCCCAGAGGAGUGAUUAUUGAUAUUGAUCAGACUCUGGGAGAUGAAGCAUCACAGUAUUGAUUAACUCCACAAACCUUCCUUUUUUCUCAGUGUCUUUGGUGUACUUUUUUUCCAUUAAGAUCUGACGUGUGUCUGAUUCUGAAUGAAGUCUUCAUUGAUUAACAAAUCUUAUGACUUCGUCCAAUUAAAUUUCAGUCCUAACACACAUUCUGACUCUCUGUUUGCUGCUCUCAGCUCCAAGCAUGGCAGCAGUGGAGGAGGCUUCUGGCCUGCAGGGAAACAUUUCACAUAAGAGACUAAAAUGAGACACCAAGGAAGAGGACCAAUCAGAUCAAAGCAGCCUGAAGCAUCAGCUGUUGCUGUUGAAGCUAAUGAUGCUAACAGCUGUGUGUAGGCAGCUGAUCAAUAACAUCUGCGGUUGUAUUAAACACCCCUGUGGAAGCAGUGCAUGAUGGGACAGCAUGUAGUCCUUCCAGCUGAAUCUGGUCAGUCUCUCACUGUCUGAGCCUCAGAUCAAUACUGUGUAUCGAUAAACUCGUCUCUGGAUGCAUAAACUGUUAACAGUCUGCUGGAGGACACACAGAGUGUCUACUCAGGACAUACACACACUUUGAAUGUCAAUACACACACACAAUGGAAGAGGAUGCUCAUCUGUGUGUGUGCGUGUGUCUGGUACAAACACCCACAGGCUGACCUUGACCUGUCUUUUUGUCUCCCACUUGACUGUCUCAUGCCCUCUUUUGUCUCAUUCAGUCAGUUAUUUGUCUGUGUCUGCUCUCUGUGGUUUUAAGCAGAAGAACAAAGUUCAACAGACAAUGGACAACUUGGAAUAACUUAUUCUAUAUACAUGAGUGUAUGUACAGAUAGUAACACACCCGGACUUGGUGUGUUAUUAAGAAAUGAGCAUGUAGAUGAGAUGGACCUUGAUCAAGCAUAUGAAAUAUUAAAAAGACUGAAGGUUGUAUGACUGAGCAAUAAAAACUUCCUGUUUUGUAUUGCAACAUAACGGCAAAUAAACACCUUUGUUCAAAAAAAAAAAAAAAACUUCCUGUUUCACAGAGUAAUACUGACAUAAAAAAUAAACAGCAGAGGACAAGUGCUGAUAAACCUGUUUAGCUAAAGUCCCUUUACAGUCUGCACCUGUAAAUCCAAACAUUUGCUCAGGAGCAGGAUCAUUCAGUUUGUAUUGACUUUGGCGCCCCCUGUGUACAAAAUAUGUCACAUGUAGUCCUAUUUCGAGUUUUGGAAAUUUGGAUUUGGUAAUCUCUGAAAUGUAAAACAAAGAUGUUGUUCCUUUCCGGAUUUAAAGUGCAAGCCUCUGUGUUUUACAAUCUGUGCCUUUAAACAGCAAAAGACUACUUAAAAGCAUGCCAACAGUGGAGGAGGUUUCUUGCAGGCUGGGUCCAAGAAUGGUAUCUGAGUACAUGGUGUCUGACUGUCCUCUAUCUGUCCUUAAGACGUAGACCCGUUGGAUUGUCCAGACUUGGUGCAGAGAUUCAAGGAUGAGCUCCACGAGGCCCUGCAGGACUACGAGUCGUCCCGGAAAGAGCUGCGCAGAGUGGGCCGCCUGUUGAUGACUCUCCCUCUGCUGAGACAGACCGCAGACAGAGCUGUGCAGAUUCUCCUGAGGCUGCACCGCCAGCGCCGAGUCCCCCUCCACAAACUGCUGCUGGAGAUGCUGGAUGCCAAGGCCUGAACCGGGUCAGACUAAGACGAGGGCCAUCGUGAGUCCAGAAGUGUUACAAUCUGAGACCACAAUCAUCAUCCUGGAUGAACAAACUGAAUUAACUCAGGGGCGCGGAUCUUUGACCUUCCAUCAGACGGACUCAGAGGCUGCUGGGGGUCCAGCUGUUUUUCUAGUUAGGUUUGGUAGGUUUGCUGUUCAAGUCAGAAAAACAUCUGACUUCAGUAAACAAAGAAAAGUUCAAGUUUUAUUGAUAUCUACUGUCUAAAUGUGAUCAACUGAUUUGCCACAGAUUGUUUUCUAUCUGCUGCUGAUUAGUUUAACUUUACAAAGAGAAGAGCUGUUCAUUUAAUGCUUUUGGAAUAAAAACUUUUAUUUAAUUUGUCAAAUAUUUCAAUUUUUAACAAUUUAAAACCUGAUGAAUGAAAACGUAAACAAAGUGCUGAUCUGAGUUCAGCUCUUUUGUUUAUUUUUUCAUUUCAUGUAAUUAUUCAGAUAAAUUGUACAUUAGUCUGUCAAAUGUUUCCCG